AUGAAGUUUCAUCUUGCCACAGGCUUGGUGUUCUUCCUUGCGACCACCGACGCGGUUGGAGCUUCAAGCUGGUGGAGUAAAGCUGUAUACAAUAAAUGGCAUGAAACGGAACUUGAGCGCUGGCUCUCCGACCAUGACAUUCCUUACCCGACACCUGCCGACCGCAAAGACCUUGAGAAUUUGGUGAAGACCAACUGGGAAGUCAAGGUCCAAAAGCCCCUGGGCAGCGUUGCCGAGCAAAUCUCGGAUGAAGCUCACAACGCCAAAGAAUGGAUCUUCGAUACUUGGACCGAUUCUCAGCUCAAGUCAUUCCUCGAUUACCACGGCAUCCCUGCACCUCAACCCCGCAAGCGCGAUUCUCUUGUCAAAGCGGCCCGUGAGAACUAUGAUGCCAUUGCCAAAAAGACUGGCGAAGCUGCCUCAUAUCCCGGCAACUGGCUGUACGAACAAUGGUCUGACUCCGAUCUGAAGCAGUGGCUGGAUGAGCGCGGUUGGCCAGCUCCUCAGCCCACAACUCGCGAUAAGCUCAUUGCCUCGGUUCGCCGUAACUCGCGGAUUGCUAGCUUGCAGGCGCGCAGCAUUGCUGCCGAUGCUGUCGCUUCUGCUGAAGCCGCCAAAGAGUCGUUGAGCGAUGAGCUUUUCAACGCCUGGUCUGACUCCAAGCUGAAGGAGGUCCUUGACGAGCACAACGUUCAUGUGCCCCAGGGCUCUAAGCGCAAUGAGCUCAUCGCUCUUGCUCGCAAGCACCGUGCCUAUCUCUUCGACAAGGCCGCAAGUGCUACUGCUGCUGCCCAGGAUGCUUUCGGUGCUGCUACUACCAAGGCUGGAAACCAGUAUGCCCGUGCGACUGACGACGUCAAGCUCAAGGCGAACGACGGGUUCGACGCAGCGGUCAAUACUUGGUCUGACUCUCGCCUGAAGGCCUUCCUGGAUGCUCGUGGUGUGCCUGUCCCCCAGGCCUCUAAGCGGGACGAACUCAUCGCCAAGGUUCGCGCAAAUGCACACAAGGCUUCUAGUGGCUGGAAUGAGUACAACUUUGAUACUUGGGACAAGGAGCACCUAUUGAAAUACUUAUCUGCAGUGAACUCCAACGCCGCGAAGAAGGCCGAUGCGUCCCGCGAGGAACUGAUCAAACACGCAAAGGACUCUUACUCGAAGGCGUCCAAGGCAGGUGGUGAGCAGUAUGCAUCAGCCACCUCUGCCCUUUCGCAGGCCACAAGCUCAGCCAAGGACACUACUUUCAACGAGUGGUCAUCCUCUGACCUCAAGAAAUAUCUCGACUCGUACGGUAUCCCCGUAUACCAAGGAUCCAGCAUCAAUGAGCUUCGUGCUGCUGCCCGCCGCCAGGCAACCUACUUCAAGUACGGAACCAAUAACCCCCAGGACACAAUCUACGCCAAGCUUAUGGAUGCUGUUCACUGGGCUCUUGACCAGGUCAAGAUCGGUGCUGCCAACGGCCGCGCGCAAGGACAAGAAGCGGCUGAGAACGCUCGUGAGAAGGUUUCUGAGAAAGCUCAAAGCAUUCGUGGAGAGCUGUAA